AUAGAUCUGUUAAAGAACACAAACGCCAUCUUGACAGCAGCCUUAAAAUGGCAGAGAAAUGCCAGGGAGAAACCGAGCUACGGACAAGGUUUCUUUUAUUGUUUUGAAUAGAUAGUCCCUUCCCUAAUUGUCUACAAACGUGGCUAGGGGGUUGAUGGCCAGUGAGAGAGCCGAAAGACGUUAAAAUGGAUAUCACAACAGCGGUUUUCAACGCGGCCAGAGAUGGUAAGCUGAAACUUAUCCAGAAGUUGCUGAGUAACAAAAGUCCCGAGGAGUUGGAGGCUCUCGCCGAGGAGAAAACGCAGGGAGGCACCCCUCUCCUCAUUGCCUCUCGAUACGGACACUUAGAGGUUGCCGACUAUUUGCUUGAAAAUUGUAAAGCUAACGUGGAACUAGGAGGCUCGGUGAACUUUGACGGCGAGACGAUUGAAGGGGCUCCCCCGCUAUGGGCGGCUUCAGCGGCUGGUCACCUCCCUGUCGUCCGCACACUCCUUAAGCACGGUGCCUCUGUCAACAACACUACGCUGACCAACUCAACGCCCCUCCGCGCUGCCUGCUUCGAUGGUCACCUGGAGAUUGUCCGCUACCUGGUGGAACACCGAGCCGAUAUGGAGGUAGCCAACCGCCACGGCCACACCUGCCUGAUGAUCUCCUGCUACAAGGGCCACAAAGAGAUAGCCAAGUUCCUCUUGGAGCGGGGGGCCGAUGUCAACCGCAAGAGUGUGAAAGGCAACACUGCACUCCACGACUGUGCAGAGUCCGGUAGCCUGGACAUCAUGAAAAUGCUGCUGAAAUGCAAUGCCCGCAUGGAGAGGGAUGGAUACGGCAUGACCCCUCUUCUAGCUGCCAGCGUCACGGGGCACACCAACAUCGUGGAGUACCUCGCCCACCAGCCCCACUCCUCGCGAGAAGAACGCAUUGAUGCUCUCGAACUCCUGGGGGCCACCUUUGUGGAUAAGAAGAGAGACCUCCUGGGGGCCAUGAGAUACUGGAGGAGAGCCAUGGAGCUGAGACAACCAGCUGACAAGCUAGGACUCUUGGCCAAGCCCCCUCCAGGUACCCCUGUCCCUGCCUAUGACUGUGCCCGUGAGGUGAGCACGGCAGAGGAGCUGGAGGCUCUGAUCACAGACCCCGAUGAGAUGCGGAUGCAGGCCCUGCUGGUACGUGAGAGAAUUCUGGGGCCCUCGCACCCCGACACCUCCUACUACAUCCGCUACAGAGGGGCCGUCUACGCCGACUCAGGCAACUUUGAGCGCUGCAUCAGCCUGUGGAAAUAUGCCCUGGACAUGCAGCAGAGUAACCUGGACCCCCUCAGCCCCAUGACAGCCAGCAGCUUCUUGUCCUUCGCCGAGCUCUUCUCCUUCGUGCUGCAGGACCGGGCCAAGGGCACCCUGGCAACGCGAGUCACCUUCCACGACCUGAUGGGGGUGUUGGGGAAGAGUGUGAGGGAAGUGGAGAGGGCUGUGGCCCAGAGGGACAGCCCCCCUGAAGCCCCCCAGUUCACCAAGGCCCUGUCCAUCAUCCUCCACCUGGUGUUCCUGCUGGAGAAACUGGAGUGCACUGCAGAGCAGGAGCACCUGAAGAAGCAGACGGUGUACCGCCUCCUGAAGCUGAACCCGCGGGCGAGGAGAGGCUUCACCCCCCUGCAUAUGGCCGUGGACAAGGACACCACGUCGGUGGGCCGCUACCCUGUAGGUCGUUUCCCCUCCCAGACUGUGGCCUCGCUGCUGCUGGAGUGUGGGGCGGACGUGGACUCACGGGACUGUGAUAACAACACGCCCCUGCACAUCGCCGCCAGCAACGGUUGCCCGGAGAUCAUGGCGUUGCUGGUGAGGGCGGGGGCACACUUCGACGCCACCAACUCCCAGAGGAAGACCGCAUACAACCUGCUGGACGAACAGAGCAACGGGCACCCGGCCCUCUUCCCCCUAAACUACGUCACUCUGCAGUGCCUGGCGGCACGUGCCAUUGAGAGGCACAGACUGCCCUACAAGGGCCUCAUCUCUGAGGAGAUGGAGGUGUUUAUUGAGCUGCACUGAAACCCCCCUCUUUGCUAAAUAUCCCCACCCUAUCCCCAUCAUUGCCCCAGACGCCUUUUAAACCAUUCAACAAUGACCCCCAUCUUCACCCCACUUCACCCAUGUCCCCAUGAAUCCCCACACCUUACCCAAGCCCACCUCCCUUCCCUAUGGUUAUUCUUCUCUGUGCCUCUCCAAACUCCAGACUGUGAGCUCUGUCUCAGAUUCAGACCAAAUCACAGCAAUAAACCUCCCGGCCACUAAACAUUAUACUGACAACAGACGGGGGGCAUCUUAAUUGUGGCUACAUGCUCUCUUUAGAUGACCUAUGAUUAACACAUGGACACAUUCUAAGUGCUAGGUUGCUAUUUGUUUGCAGGUGGGGGGGAACCUUGACUUGAUUUUAGGCUUUGAUGCUUUCUGUUUGACAUUUUUCUUCUGUUUUUGUCAGUAAGAUGGAGGACUGCUCACAGAAAGGACAGUAUGGCGGUGCCUGUAUUUAUUGGGUGCUGGCUUGUUUUUAGGUGGGAAUGGAAGCUGUAUUACUUGAUAGGACAUGAUCAAAUAUUGCAUGACAUGAGCCUUAAAGAGUGAAUAAGAUAGCUUGUUUGUUAAAUCUGUCUUGUUUUGCAAGUUUAUCGAGAAGCAUCCUUUGAACAAAGUACACACGCUUGGCUGCUUGGUAUCAAUGUAUUUUUAUCCUCAAUUGAGCAAUAUUUAAUCCCCUGCCUUUCACUUUGACAUUUUAAGGAGUGUUUGAAAACCAUUUUAUGCCAAAACUCUAGCCUUAUAUCGGUUCUAAAUGUGUGAUCUUACAGGUUAGCCUUAUCUUACUGAACUAGCUUACUACGAAUGGAGCACCUAACAACUGUGGUGUGCAGACUAGCAUGGGAACUCUCAUAAGAAUACAGUGUUCUAGCCUACAUUUCUUUAGCUCUGUCUAGACUGUGCAAUGUGUUUUACAGUGUGGUCAAUCUCUGGAAGUCUCCCUCUGGACAGCUUGGAUACUGUGAGAAGGAGAGAUGGAGAUUUCUCUCCAUCUCCUCCUGAGUGAAUGUUUAUGGACUGUUGAUCCCAGUAUCAGGUCAUCUAUUCAAGCCUAGCUAUCUACAGUCACUCGUUGUUGAUAUCAAAACCCAGAGUUGCUACUAUGAACCACAGAUGCAGGUGAGGAGGAUGGGGAAUGGAUCACACACUGCAUCUUUGUCUUAUUCUUUUUCUUUUUUUUUGGACAGUCAGUUUUGCGUUCUUGUUUUUAUCAUACAUGCUUUCAUUAGUCUCUGUUUGUCCCCAUGUAAAAACCCACCUGAUUGAAUGCACUUUGAAAAAACAAACCCCUAAAGGGUAACUUUACAACAUCUGGGCUAUGGACUGAGCCUUUCUCUCUCAACAACUGAUUUAUUCAUUGAGCUGAUGGUAACUUCAAAACAAAACUGUGUUGAGAUACUUGAAUAAAAUUCAGUAUCCCUGCAGCAGGUGGGUGUUUGUGUUGGCUAGAGGAUGCUUUGAAUCUCUCUCCCGCUCAUUUAGGUGAUAUUGUUGUAGAGCAGUUGACUCCUGAUAAGUGCAAAGUCUGUUUAAUGCAAUACAGUUCCGUUCUCCAGUCUCAAUUCAGUUACAUUCAUUCCAAUCACUUCUGAUAACUGCUUAAAUCACACUAUUACAACAAUCCCAAGCCAUUGAUUUCAUUAGCAGUAGACUCUAUCUCCUCUCACCUUAACCUUCUCACUGUGUUCCUAUGCCGCAUGUACAGGGCAGGCCAGUAAAACCCCACUGGUCAGAGAGGGCUGGUCAGAGGGGUUAUGAAGGAGUAACAGACAGCUAGACCGACUAACACUCGUAUUACGGAGGCCCUUAUAUUUAGAUGGAUUGAAAUAGGCCUGAUGGAAGAACACACUAUACCUCCCUGCUCUACGGGUUCCUAUGCAGCUUACCUAUUAAAGACCGAUGACUACACUUAACUGAAAAGGGUUUAAGUUUGAGCCCUAGGCCUUCCCUGCUGGUGUGGUUAAUUCUAGGGACAUGGAGUUUUUUGUGACCUGGCCCUGAAAAACUCUGGGCCCUAUUUGUAGUCUGUCCUUAGGGGUCCCAGGCAUUUGUUAUUGGUCAUGUCAUAUUUUCAGGAAAGCCAACUGGCUCUAUUUAUUGGUAAUGGCUAGAAGGGAUACAGCUUUUGUAAAAUUGAUGACAAAAUGUGUCAAAAGAUGUAUCCCAUCUAGUCAAAAUCAUAUUUAUUCCCCUCCCUCACUCUUUACAUUUUAAUCAUUUAGCAGACACUCUUACCCAGAGCGACAUACAGGAGCAAUUAGGGUUAAGUGCCUUACUCAAGGGCACAUCGGCAGAUUCUUUUGCCUAGUCUGCUCAGGGAUUUGACCUUUCGGUUACUGGCCCAACCCUCUUAAUCGCUAGGAUAGCUGCCCCUUUUCCACUGCCUGUCAUAUUUGGGUUGUCACCACAGUCUACCUUCACUAUGGGUAGUAACUAAUGCCUGUGAUUUGUGUUAGAUUGCCCUUUUACAUUUCUAUUAUGUUUCUAAAUUAUAUUUUAUUCCAGUAUCAAAAAUGUAUUUUAUUCCCUUAUAUUUUGUCCUCAAGUGACAAACAGAACAUGCUCUCUGCUCUCCCACCCUUUCUCUGUCUGCAGUUACAGAAGAUGUGGUGAGAAAAAGCUGAACAGAAACGUGAUCUUUUGCCGCCCGGUGUAUAAAUAGAGUGUAAUCUAUGUCAGUGUGGGGCAGAGGGGGAGAUGGGACCGUGUCCUUUCGCCUCAGUCUCUGCCCUGCGAACAGGCUUACGGUGAGGUAAUACACACAGUCAGGGCACUGGAUGACUAGCAGGGACCAUGUCCCAGAAACCACUCUACAAUGAGUCUGGUCAUUGGUUGAAUUGAUUUUGUCGUAUCUAUUUGUGACCCUAGACAAUAGCCUAUUGUAAAAUGAUGAUAAUUUAAAUGAUUGAUGAUCACACUUUGAUACAGCCGUAUUUUACCCUUCCCAUAGCCUACAGUUUUAUCGUUAUGGGGAUAUCCCUCUUUAAAUGGCUGUUCAUGUUAACGAUUGUUUAACAUUGAAUAACAGUUACUGUUAAAUUCAGUUGGUCUCAGUUUUCUUUAAAAUGUUAGAGGUCAUGGGGUGAACUUCAGAGAGGUCACAGGAGUGUCAGUAGACCUCAGCCUAAAAAAACAACCCCCACUCCCUGCUCCCUCUGAAGGAACUGGGAUAGACGGACCCCCUUACUGCUCAUUGGCCUAUCUGGUCGAUUCAACACCUGGCCCCCUUUUGAAAGCAGAGGAAACAAUAUGCUAAUAGCUUCUGCAGCUAGCUCUGUGGUAUGCAAGGUCUUUCCACCGUAGGCCUAUUGCUGUCACCCAGCGUUGCGAUCUAUUCAAAUGAAAUUCGGUCAAAAAGGACUCUCCAAUUAUUGAAUUGGACCUCAUCUAAGAAAUCUUAAGUUUAAGCUCAUUUACAGAAUUUCUAUAUCCCUUAACUCAAAUACUAUUCAGACCACAGCAAAAUGACCCCAGUCAUUAUCAUAUUGGUUGCUGUAGGUUCUUUCACCUCAGUUGAUGUAAAAACCCAGCCUGUUAGCUACUGUAUACAAUUAGCCACUAACACUAACUCAGCAGUGGGACUAAAAAAUAUCAAAUGUGUAUAGUUUGCUUUACAAUUUUUGUUGGGGUAGUUUUGCAGCUGAGUUCCUGCAAUUCUACACAUUUUGGCAUCGGCAUAACAUUUAGCAGAUUUAAAGCUAAUUUCCUGCAACAUUUUGCAAUGACUUAUGCAAUGUUAAUAUGAUAUGAGUGACUUGCACAUUUUAAAAAUAAAACACUUAAAUAUUACAUUUA